AUGGCUGAUACCGUCAUGCAAGAUACUGUCAUGCAAGAUGCUGAUAUGCAGGAUACCGUCAUGCAAGAUAUUACCACGCAAGAUAUUACCACGCAAGAUACCACCACGCAAGACACUGUCGAGCCAGGCGUCGUGCGAAAAAUAGCCAAGAUGAGAACCCCCAGAAAAACCGGCUCGGAGAUAUCCAUAUACCACAACAAAUGGAAACCCUGCGAAAAAGUGCUCCUUCUGCACCUCUACACCACCCACCCCGAUAUUUCUCGGCUGGCAAAUGGCGACUUCCACUACCGGGCCGGCGCCCUCGCGAGCUUGACGCGCGACAUGACGGCCGAGUCCGUCAAACAUUACCCCGGAGGCUCGUUGCACGCGUCGGAUCCAUGGGUUCCCAGAACGUACACGGAUGGAAUGAUUCAAGUCGCGGUGCGACGGUGGAUUAUGGAAGAAGAUGACUUGGCGCUUGAGUUGGAGGCCGAGUUGAACGCUCACUUUGGUAUUGUUUCCGACACCGCAGUGAAAGAGGCCGCAGUGAAACAGGCGGCAGCGAAACAGGCCGCGGUCGAAAGGCGAGCACGGGAAAAGAAGUCAAGAAUGGCGGAGAAAUUAGCGAGAGAAUUGAAGCAGCGGGAGGAUGCUGCUAUACUUCGAGAAGAGAAAGAAAGGAAAUUCCAAGAGGUCAUGCGCAAACGUGGAAAAGAGCGUAUUAAAAAUGUGAACGAGGCGCUUAGAUUAGCAUUUGCAAAACCUAAAAAGCCUGUUAUCAUUGACAAGACCGAUGCUUGA